AUAACUCUAUCAGCCUCACACACACAAAUAAGCAACAAGAGCAAAAAUAAAUAUGGCAAAUUACGCCAAAUCCACCACAAGAAAAGACACAUUUACCCUUUUUCUCCCAAGUCUCCUUGUCUUGAUCCUGACGGUUUCCAAACCUGUAAACUCCCAAAACUGUGGCUGUCCCUCUGACUUCUGCUGCAGCCAAUGGGGUUACUGCGGUCAGACGGAUGAUUACUGCGGUUAUGGCUGCCGUGAGGGCCCUUGUCAAGGUGGUGGUGACGCUAGCGGCGAAGUAAAGAGUGGCGGAGGCGAUGACGCUGUUUCGCUUGAAGGAACGGUGACACCUGAGUUCUUUAACUCUAUCAUAAACCAAGCAAGCAGUGAUUGUGCAGGCAAAGGAUUCUACUCUCACGACGCCUUCAUCGCCGCAGCUAAUUCGUACCAGAGCUUUGGUGCUUCCAUCUCCAAACGCGAGAUCGCUGCCUUCUUCGCUCACGUCACCCAUGAAACUGGAUUCAUGUGCUACAUUGAGGAGAUCGAUGGACCAGCCAAUGCUGAGACAUACUGCAACAAAGACAGCACAGACUUCCCUUGUGCAGAAGGAAAGGGCUAUUAUGGCCGUGGUCCUAUCCAACUAACUGGGAACGACAACUACGGUGCCUGUGGAAGAGACCUGAAUGAGAACUUAUUGGCUUCACCAGAGAAAGUGGCUCAAGAUCCAGUUCUUGCUUUCAAGACCGCUUUCUGGUUUUGGACCACUAAUGUUCGCCAGAAUUUUAAUCAGGGUUUUGGCGCGACGAUCAGGGCUGUAAAUGGUAGGGAGUGUAGCGGAGGAAAUUCUGCCACUGUUGCCAAAAGGAUUGAGUAUUACCGAGACUAUUGUGGCAAGCUUGGGGUUGAACCUGGAGAUAACCUCUCUUGUUAAUUAAAUAUUUUCCACUAUAUCCAUCUGAAAUAAACAAGUUCGAACUAUAAGAAUAAGAUAUCACAUCAGAGGAAAUAUAUCAUAUAAUACUAAUGUUCUUCUAUCGGAUGUCACCGAAGGGACAUAAUACUAAUUAAUGUUGUAUUAAGAAUGUAACGAAAUGAAAUAUUAUAUUUUAACAAAAAAAAAGAAAUGAAAUAUUAUAUAAAUGUAUGUUGGUAACCAA